UGAGUCUGCGUUGUACUCAAUCGUUCUAGUUCAACAGUAAAAUGUCAAUACUCGACGAAUGCUGAUUUUAUAGAAUUGCUGCAUACGAUUUCAAGAAUGGCAUUAUCUGUUGACAACGAUACUAAGGAUAAACAUCUUAUUGUUGUUUCUCUACCGGAUGAUGCUUAUUAUAGAAAGAAUAUAAAAGAUAUUGAAUGUUUUAUUCGAGAGAUGAGCGAGAAAACUGCAGGUCUAGAUGACUUUGUUGUCAUUUGUUCGAAUGCCACAAAAAAGAACAUGAAAAAGCAGUGCACUUGUUCGUUUGGAAAUGCAAAAUUUUUAUUCGUUGACCAGUCCUUAGACCUGUGGAUGCGUGAUUUUUGUCCAGUUCUACCAAAAUCUCAAGUAAAAUUUAACUACCAGCCCAAAUACCUCAAGUCCAAAGAUGCCAAUUAUGUUGAUUCAGAAUUCAUGAAAGUGAUGACAAGAAUUGGUGCCAAACUUGAGCAAGUAAAUAUUUCAUUAGAUGGAGGAAAUGUUGUUGAUAAUAAUUGUGACAAAGUGGUGAUUUCUGAACGCAUUUUUGUUGAAAAUAAAAGUUAAAGGAAAUAUUUGAAAAAUGACUUGGAGGAUGCCUUAGAUGCUAAAAUUGCUUUUAUUCCUGAUCCUGAAGAUACGACAGGACAUUCUGAUGGUAUUGUGGCAUUUAUUGAAGAAGAUAUAUUAUUGAUUGCCAAUGAUGGGGAUGAGAAAUAUUACAAAGAAGUAGAAACUGCCGUGAAAACUACAUUUCCUAAUGUGAAGACAGUGUGUUUGCCUUGUGGAAAGCACAAUAGUUCAGAUGGCAAAAAAUGGAAAGGGUUUACUACUGCAAUAGGAAGUUAUGUUAACAUGUUGGUAACAACAAAUGCUGUUUAUGUUCCACAGUUUAAUUUGAAAGAGUCAGACAGUAAAGCAUUAGAAAUUGUUAAAUCUUGUACACAAAAGAAAGUUGUAUCUAUUAACACAUCAAAUUUAAGUCAUAUGGGUGGUUCUGUCAGAUGUAUGUCUUGGCAAAUGGAAGCAUCCCAUCCAGUUGCACAGGCUCUAUACAAACAUUGGGAAAAUUUUUAGUUCAAGCCAGCAAUUUUGUCAGGAAAUUGACAGUUCUUGUUUGUAUUCAUAGUUGAUACCAUGGCAUGCUUUAUUCCAGUAAACCUUUCUGUUGUUUCAAAGGACAUUUCUAAUUUUCAAUGUCAAUAUCUAAAAAUAGGUACGAACUGUGUACAUGUGAGUACCCUCGAAACCACCACAAAAACAAAAUAGUUGGGACAUCCAGAAGAAAUCUCACAAAUUUUAAUGAUAUAUUCAUCCAAUUGUAAAUGGAACCAUUGUUUGAGAUAGACCACUCAUUGUUUUAGACGUUUGUGAACAGUAUGACAGGACUUUCAGGAAAAAAACAGAAAUAAAAUGGCAUGGCUUAAUAUUCGCACUAGUUUUGUUUGUGAAAAGAAACUCAUGAGUUACUUACCUGUUAGUAGUUUAAAAUAUUUUUCCGAGGUCUUGAAAAGAGCUUGGUUGAAAAUAUUUUUUUAUCAUGACAGACUCUAAGCAUAAAUAACAUGUAUAUACCAAAAGCAAUAGUCUUAUUGUAUUGAGCAGUCAAAUUAAAUUAUGGCAACAAAGAAAACAA